UUUACGGAAAGUGGGGAUGCCACCUACCACGGCACACUCACUCCCCGUUUUCCGUCAAACUGUGAAAAGGAAAAGCCCUGUUGUGUGUGUAUGUGUGUGUGUGUUUGUGUAUAUAGUGACUGAAGCCCAUGCUCUGUAGCUCUCUCCGGCUCCACCACCAGCCCACAGGACUCUUCCAGGAUGCUGUCGAACAGUCCUCGCGUCGGGCGCAAAGUAGCAGGAUGUUUGAUUUUCUUCUCCUUCUUUCAGAUUGACUUCGCUGCCGGGAGUUCGGAGAAAGGCUCACAGAGCCAAGAUCAUAUGGAUGUCAUCCACAGUAGUCAGCUGGACCUGCGGGAGAUAGUAUUCGUCAUCCAGAGUCAAAGCAACUCUUUCCACGUGAGACAGGCAGAAAGACGGAGAGCAGAAUUACUCAAACAGGCGCACAGUCUUUCAGAGAAACCACCAGUGAUUUUGCUUCUGCACGGUUUGUCGGAUAAUGAGGGUGAUUGGAGUAUUCUUCCUCUGCUGCCUUACUUAUCUUACUCUUUUGGGAAAAACUCAUCCUGGAUUGUUUUUCUUGAGGAGGAAACGAGUGUGAAGUUGAAUAAGUUUGUUGAGGUCCUUGCAAAAUUUGACAAAAAUAAAGAGUGGUUUCUCGGUAAACCCCUCCAUGACGAGGAGUCAACCAUCAUCCAUCACUACGCCUUUGCAGAAAAUCCCUCCAUCUUUAAAUAUCCUGACUUUGCUGCGUCUUGGGUGUUAAGCAUCCCCCUUGUUGUUCGGCUUGCAAAUAAAGUCAGAGAUGAACCACUUAAAUCUGACUUUACUAUAGACCUUAAACACGAGGUUGCCCUUUAUAUCUGGGACAGUGGAAAGGGUCCACAUCUCACCGCUGUUCCUGAACUGUGCACUGAGCCCGAGGACUCUCCCCGGGCCCAGAGCUGUGCCACCACCCUGAGCACUGAGUCACCACUGUGUGGGGAGCCUGUAAAUAAAGAAGAUAUAUUUGUUGCUGUGAAAACGUGUAGGAAGUUUCACAGUGAAAGAGUUCCAGUGAUAAAGAAGACUUGGGAGAAAGAUGCCUUAUUUUUAGAGUACUACAGUGACCACGCUGAUCCUUCAAUCCCAACCAUUAAUUUAGGAGUACCAAACACUGAGAGAGGCCACUGCGGGAAAACAUUUGCAAUCCUAAAAAGGUUUCUAAGCAGUGCUGUUCCGAAGACCAAGUGGCUCCUUGUUGUCGACGAUGACACACUUAUCAGCCUCCCCCGACUGCAAAUACUGCUGAGCUGUUACAACCCCUCUGAACCCGUGUGUCUAGGGGAGAGGUAUGGCUACGGCCUGAGCCAAGGCGGCUACAGCUACAUCACAGGAGGUGGAGGCAUGGUGUUCAGCAGGGAGGCGGUACUCCAGCUUCUGAACAGCGGAUGCAAGUGCUACAGCAACGACGCACCAGAUGACAUGGUGCUGGGAAUGUGCCUCAACGCCCUUGGACUUCCUGUUAUACACAGUCCUCUAUUCCACCAGGCACGCCCAGAGGACUAUGCUGGAGACUUUUUAGCUCACCAGGUGCCCAUCUCUUUCCAUAAACACUGGAACAUCGACCCCAUUGCUGUUUUCAACAAAUGGCUGAAGGAUGACUCGAGGGCAACGGCUUCAGAUGGACUUAAUAAGAGCGCUAAGACGGAGUUAUAAUGAUUUUAAGCACACAACCUGGCCUGUAUGAAUAUAUGUAUGCUUGUACUGUGUGUGAGUGUGAGUGUGAGUGUGCGCGUGCGGUGUCUUAAUGAGUCAUGGAACUGAAUCAUUUGUCAUUCAGAGAUGUAAAUUCUUUUGUAUAGUUAAUGUUGACCUGUUACGUGGAGGGACCAUGCGAGCGUGUGUCCAUGACUUUAUAUUCAAGUGUAUUAAUGGCUGAAAUGUUGCAUGAUGGAGUUAGUUACUGUUAUAGUGGCAAAAAGAUUAUGAUAUGUAUAUAUUUAUUAUAUCAUAUUAAUAAUCUAAGCGCUUACAGAAAAGACGUUACUACUGCAGAAGGACAGUUUCUUUCAAAAAGGAUCACUAAUGCUGUACAAUGUGCUCUAUUUUGACAUGAAAUUAUAAAUAUUUGAAUAUGUUUUGCUUCUGUUUCUUCUGAGGCUUUUUUUUUUUUUUAUCGUAAGAGUUGAAAUCAGUCUGAAGUUAUAGGUUAACGGAGACAAAAACUGAGAUGACUUUACAUUAUAAACACUGACAAGCAACAGUAAACCGCACUAAAGGCUUGUAAUUUUUCUAAAAAUACCCAACAUGUAGUUUUUCCAAAACUCAAACCGGUGCUUACGCAUCUGUUUUGUUAAAGCAUGCCUUGACCUAGAACAGAAUCGCAGGAAAAAUAAACUUUUCAAUCUCUGA